UGGCGAGGCAACAGUCUUCAGCGCACAGCGGCCUCGCGAAUCAGGAUUCAGGCUGCGCGCGCCGCGGCAGGUCGAGGCGUUCGCUUGUUAGUCUAUUAUGGUCCCACGCGUUUUCCGUUGUUGUUGUCUGAACGGUGCCCGGGAAAAGCCAAAGUUGGUUAAAACGGGCUACGAGGACGCCACACCCUUCACGCACAUGCGACGCUGGUUUCUCCACACUAAAGCUUGAGCUGCUGUUUGGUACCGUUCGUGACCCGGCUCCUUUCUAGCAGCUAGGAGGAUGUGUUCCCUAGCACUCUUUCCACCCCCGCCACCUCCGGGAGACAUCACCCUUUAUGAAUUUAAUAAUGUUCUGGUUUCCAGCCGCAGCUAUGAGAAGCUUCCGCUUUCUUUCCAAGCACAGCUAGAGGAUCUGCCUGUCCUGGCCAUCCCCAAGGAAACUCUGAAAGCUCACAGCCGACUGGAGCACAGCACCAAGCCUGCCUUCAUUCAUCAUCGCGAGUCACUGUGGAAGAGGUGCAUCAAUGCCUGGCGUGACAUUGGAGUUGCCGGAGUGCUUGAAGAGCUUGCAAAUGCAGAGAAGGAAGAUGGCUUGGACCAGGGGACAGAUGAGCAGCCUUGGACAGAUUCUGCAAAGGAGCUAGCUCUCCGAUGGAUGAAAGCAGGAUCCCGCUAUACGUUAGCAUUCUGCUGUUGGAUUUCCUCUCUCCAUGGCUCCUUCUUUCCCCACUUGUCGCUGCAAAGUGAAGACAUGAUAGCACAAUUCUCCCAGGCUGUGGAUUGGGCAGGCUGCUCCCUCCGAGCCUUUGCCUGGCAUCCCCACACCAGCAAAUUUGCAGUGGCCCUGCUGGAUGACUCCAUCCGCGUUUACAAUACAAACAGUGCCACAGUCCCAAUCCUGAAGCAUCGCUUACAGAGGAACGUGGCAUCAAUGGCAUGGAAGCCACUGUGCGCAUCUAUUCUUGCAGUAGCGUGCCACGGCUGUGUGCUGGUUUGGCAUCUGGAUCCCACUUCACUUUCCACCAGGCCUUCAUCAGGCUGUGCCCAGGUGCUCAGCCACCCUGGUCACAGCCCUGUUACCAGUCUGGCGUGGGCACCCAGUGGAGGGCUGCUCCUCUCAGCUUCACCUGUUGAUACUGCCAUGCUUGUAUGGGAUGUAUCUACAGAAAACUGUAUCCAGUUGCAGUGGUUUGGAGGAGGUGGGGUCACAUACCUGGCGUGGUCACCUGAUGGCAGCAAAGUAUUAGCAGCUACACCUUCAGCAGUCUUCAGGGUAUGGGAGGUUCAAAUGUGGACUUAUGAGAAGUGGCCGACCAUCAAAGGUCCUUGUCGGACUGGCUGCUGGAGUCCGGAUGGCAGUCGUUUGCUCUUCACAGUCCAGGGGGAAUCGGUGAUAUAUUCUUUGUCUUUCUUGGAAUACAGUGGGGAACAGCAAGGGCAUGUUGGUGGGUCAAAAACAGCUUCUAUCGUGGCAGAUCUCUCAGAAACCACCUUUGAGACCCUAUAUGGAGAAGAGAGGAUUGGAGGGGAAGUGCUGUCGAUGGUUUGGGACCCAAGUGGAGAGAGGCUUGCAGUUGUCAUCAAAGGAAACUGUGAUGCUCCCAACUGCAAGAUCACCAUCGCAGUGUUUCGUACGCGCAACAGCCCCGUGUUUGAGCUCUUGCCAUGUGGUUUCGUAAAGGGAGAAGAUGGUGCUCAGCCACAGCUAGUUGCUUUCUGCCCCUGCUUUAAGAAGGGAGCCCUUCUGACAGUGUGCUGGUCAACAGGACGGGUCAGCCACAUUCCCUUCUUUUUUGUCAUUGUCCAGUUUCCUUCUUUUAGCCCCGGGCAAAGCCCCCUCAUGCCCUUGAGCAGUAGGAGCAGCGCCCGGGAGCAUCCGCUGUUUUCUGAACUCUAAGGAUCAGCACACUGGCCUAGCCCUUGAAAGGACUCCAACUGCUCUGCCUCCCUGCCAGUCUUUGUCACUUUGGGACCCUGGAGAUAUCUGACACACUGUGAAGGUUGCUUCUGUCCAAGCCCAACUUUGGGGAGUGCAUCUUUCUGUCUGAUGCACUUGGGGGCUGGAUCACCUGGCCUGCUGUCUACCUGUAGGCUAUCCACAAACAGUCUCCAAAGCCCAAAGAAUUCCUGCCUAAGACGGACAACUGUGUAGUUCUGCAUUUGAGGCCGAAAAUAAAAACAACAAAGGGUGA